UCGGGCCCGAGAGUCGAGCUGGGGGAAGGGAUCUCGUCCAUCACCUCAGUGCGGGCCACAAGGCUGGGUGCCAGGAAACGUGGGAAGAUUCAGGGGCGAGGAGAGAGGAGAACUAACUAGACAUGGAUUUAGAUGCUGUUACAAAGCAGUCAGCAUUACAUGCCAAGCCUGACGGGCUCACCCUUCAAUAUGGGACUGCUGGAUUUCGAACGAAAGCAGAACAUCUUGAUCAUGUCAUGUUUCGAAUGGGAUUAUUAGCUGUCCUGAGGUCAAAGCAGACAAAAUCUAUCAUAGGAGUCAUGGUAACAGCGUCACACAAUCCUGAGGAAGACAAUGGUGUAAAAUUGGUGGAUCCUUUGGGUGAAAUGUUGGCAGCAUCCUGGGAGGAGCAUGCCAUCUCCUUGGCAAACGCUGAGGAACAACAUUUGCCGAGAGUGUUGGUGGACAUCAGCGAGAAGGAAGCCGUGGAUCUGCACCAAGAUGCCUUCGUGGUGAUUGGUAGAGAUACCAGGCCCAGCAGUGAGAAACUUUCACAGUCUGUAAUAGACGGCGUGACAGUUUUAGGUGGUCAGUUCCAUGAUUAUGGCUUGCUGACAACGCCGCAGCUGCACUACAUGGUCUUCUGUCGAAACAGCAAAGGCCAGUAUGGAAAGGCAACUGCCGAAGGUUACUACCAGAAACUGUCCUCGGCCUUUGUGGAACUCACCAAACAGGCCUUCUGCAGUGGAGAUGACCAUAGGACACUGAAGGUUGACUGUGCAAACGGCAUAGGCGCCCUGAAGCUGGCAGAAAUGAAACACUACUUCUCCCAGGGGCUGUCAGUUCAGCUGUUCAACGAUGGGACCAAAGGGAAACUCAAUCAUUUAUGUGGGGCUGACUUUGUGAAAAGUCAUCAGAAACCUCCACAGGGAAUUGAAAUGAAGGCCAAUGAAAGAUGCUGCUCCUUUGAUGGAGAUGCGGACAGGAUCGUUUACUACUACCGUGAUGCAGAUGGUCGGUUCCAUCUCAUAGACGGAGAUAAGAUAGCCACCCUCAUUAGCGGUUUCCUCAAAGAGCUCUUGUUGGAGAUUGGAGAUGGUUUGAGUCUCGGUGUUGUACAAACUGCAUAUGCCAAUGGAAGUUCAACACGGUAUCUGGAAGAAGUUAUGAAGGUGCCUGUCUACUGCACUAAAACUGGUGUUAAACAUUUACACCACAAAGCUCAAGAGUUUGACAUUGGUGUUUAUUUUGAAGCAAAUGGGCACGGCACAGUACUGUUUAGUAAAGCUGCUGAAACAAAGAUAAAACAACUAGCAAAAGAAUCAGAGGAUGAGAAAAGGAAGGCUGCAAAGAUGCUUGAAAGUGUAAUUGACUUGUUUAACCAGACAAUCGGUGAUGCUAUUUCUGACAUGCUGGUUAUCGAGGCGAUCUUGGCUCUGAAGGGCUUGACCGUGCAGCAGUGGGACUCGCUCUAUACAGAUCUUCCAAACAGACAGCUCAAAGUUAAGGUUGCAGACAGGCAAGUAAUUAGCACCACAGAUGCGGAAAGACAAGUAGUUAAACCCCUGGGACUCCAGGAGGCCAUCAAUGACCUGGUGAAGAAGUACAGGCUUUCUCGCGCUUUUGUCCGGCCCUCUGGUACAGAAGACAUAGUCCGAGUCUACGCAGAAGCAGACUCGCAGGAAAACACAGACAGCCUUGCAUAUGAAGUGAGCUUGGCAGUAUUUCAGCUGGCUGGAGGAAUUGGAGAAAGACCUCAACAAGGUUUCUGAGGACAAUUUUUAAAUAUAAAAAUUUUUAAAUAUAAAAAUUUAGAAACCAGAUUUUUUUUUUUAAGUUCUUACAGAAUAAUAUUACUGCCACUGUUGUGACAGGUUCAGACACAUUUAUAAUAAUGUUUACAGUGUACCUUACUGGAUUGUUUCUAGGUCUGAUUGUUUUUCUUAAACACUACCAGAAUCAUUCUUUAGAAAUAGGUAAGCCUUAAAUUUGUUAAAUUUCAUUUUUUUUUAAAUAAAACUAAAUUUACCUGUAAUAGUAAUCACACUAAUGUAAAAUACUGGAGCUCAAGUAUAUGAUUCAGUCAUUAACUUUAAAAUAUAUGCAAGGAAAAAUUCAUGAAGGCUGCUAGAAAAUUAAAGCUUAUUUAUUACCAA